CUCUUCUUGACGACAAAGACCCAUUGACAAGACACCUUCUCAAAGACUGCGGAGGUAUACCUCCAGCGCGGAACAUACGAGCAACGUCUUGAGAAGCUUACUAAGCUAGUAGCCCUUAGGGUUUCUGACCUCCGAGGUCCGUCUUCAGGCCAUUGAGUCCGGCGAGCUCCAUCUCUGAGCUCCGUCCCCUUCACACCAACGCAGCCACUACAGUGACACAAACCACGUUCCAGCCACUCUCUUGGUCGCAUCUGUGCCCUAGGACGACUUUAAACUCCAGCUCCGCUUAACUUGACACCUACGCAGUUCAUACGAGCCUGCUUCAAGGUUCAUACGAGCUUGCUUCAAGCUUCAUACACGAAGCUUUUUUGCGCGUCUGCUUGCGUGGUUUAACUUGAAGCCACUCACCAGUGAAACUCUCGGAGCUUCUUCCAGCUUCGUUCAGUCCGUUUCCUUUCUUUCAUAACAGAAUCUCCUCCUUUCACUCGUUUCAAAUGACUAAGUCCAGCAAGGGUCAUGCGAGCAAGGGCCUCUGGGGGAUGCACCUGGACGUGCUUCGCGGCACCAGCGACAAGCUCGUGUGCUUGCUGCUUCCCGACGGCAGCAUGGAGAUGUUCGGCGAAGGGAAGACCGUCGCGGAUAUCCUCGCGGCGUAUCCGGGUUACCACGUCGGAAGCCUCACGUCCUCUCGCCCGCGCCUCGCGCCGCAGAAGGCGCUUCAUCCCGGCAGCACGUACUAUCUCACGCCGGAUCUCACGCCAGGUGUAGCGGCCGCUGCCAGCAGAGGAAACGGACCGUUUUCCCCGGGGGUGACCAGAGAAGGGGUAACCCCUCAUCUACGACGCGAAAGCGCGACGUAUUUGCGAACUGCGGAAGAGUUCGGCGACGUCGCGAACGAUGUCGCUUGGUUGCGCGAAGAGCGGCCCCCGGCGCGGCGAGUGUCGCUGGACCCGGGCUCGCUACAGCGGCACGCCUCGCGAACUACUGGUGCCCGCCAGAUCCCCUCGGGGGAUCUGUUCACGGGCCGAGAUCCAUUUACAGGCCUCGCGACGACGCACGAGGAAUCGCAAUCGCAGCCAGCGCAAGUGAGCGCGUCGAUGGUGCGGGCAGCGCUGACAGGAUCCCGCAUGCACGCUUGCGAGGAGGAGCAGCCGGGAUCGUACGUUGAGCUUGGGCGAAAUGUUCCGGUCUGUGGUAACAUCGCCUGCCAGGCUCCUGAGUGCAACCCCAACAUGCUGGCAGAUUCGUCUGGUGGUGCUGCGACAUUCCCAGACUUCGCUGGGUGUUACAACAUUGACGAACGCGUAUGCGACACCCGCCGGGUUGUGCGAAAGGUCCCUGCCCUUCAUUCGGAAUUGAACUUUCGCGAGUCAUGUCGCGAAUGGGAACCCAUUCGUCCUGCCACGAGCAACCCACCUGAUCGCUCCCCCGAACCCUACAUCAACGCCACCGCGGCUUACCAUUCCCAACCGUUCCCCCAGCUUCCCGCACCGUAUCAUACUACCGCAUCUCCCGGCUUGAUCUCUUCCCGCCGUAAAAACCUCAACUUUCAUGAGCAACCCAUCAGCCAUAACGGGAUUAUUUCCCGCGUCGUCAAUCUUGCCUCCUGCGAACCCAGCAGUGGUUUCGGCUUCAGUGGCAGCCUGAUCAGCAGCGGGGUCAGUACCAGUGGCGGUGCUGGUAGCUGCGGCGGCAGCAGCCGUUUCAGCGUCCCGUCCGUGCCUUCCUCGAUCGUCUCGCGCUCCCCCUCUGCGUCCUCCUCUGCCUCCUUCUCGGUCUUCUCGUCUUCGUCCACCAUCCAGCUGAGUGGCCAGGAGCCGUAGGGAGUAUUCUCACUCGCCCUCCAUGAUCCUCCCGCUUGCCAGCACUCUUUGUGCUCGUCAGCAGGCAGUCUUGAGCUCCUACGCUCGUUAUCCGCGAUAGUAGCCCGUCGCGACCUGGAGCUAUCCGUCAGUUUUUUUUUCUGGAGCUGGCUCUGCGCUGCGUCCAGUUAAGGCAUCUCCAGACGAUUUUAGGGUACUACAGGUGAACUAGUGUUGCUGUACAUGGUACAUGGAGAGCGCUUUCUCCAUGUUUAGCGUGUUGGCGUAUAGUUGAUUUAUGUUGGAUGUUCCCGGUUGCAUUGAUUUUUAAAGCCAGAGUAAAAAUUUAGGUUGGCGGCAGUUAAAAAAUUUGAAGAUUUGAAAAAGAGGUAACCCCAUAGCC